AUGGAAGAGCAUGCAAAGGUGUGGCCAAGUCAGCAAAGCCGUGGAGCUACGGAGGUCCGCUUGCAAACUGACUGCAGCUUCGGCCCCCGCAAUGGUUUGCCAACCUCCUUGGUCGUCCUCCUGCAUGGUAGAGGGGACAGUGGCCCUAACCUUUGCGGUCUUGCGCAGCAGCUUGCGGAGGAGCUCCCGGGCACUAGGUUUCUUUUGCCCACGGCGCCGCCCGGGCCACACGGUCUCAACUCCUGGUACGAGACCGAAAAGACAGGACACCUUGAUGGCCGCAUAUACGAGCUUCGUCAACAGCUGCUUGCGUUCGUGCAGUCUUACUGUAACAGGCUUGGCCUGCAGAUGGCCCAGGUAGCUUUCCUAGGCUUCUCCCAAGGGUCAAUGCUGGCCGCACUUCUGGCACUGGAAUUGCCAAAGCCCUGCGCAGGCUUGGUCGUUCUCAAUGGUGGAAUGCCAUGGGACCUGGAGGUGACUGAUGCGCUUGGCAAUACGCGGAUCCUUUUCGUUUCAGGUGGAUGCGACAGGACUGUCACAGUGGAGACGACUCGGAUGGCAAAGGAGAGGCUCCUUGAACUUGGAGCGCAGCAUUUGGAAUACCUGGAGAUUCCCGACCUCAAGCAUGAGAUCUCCUCAGAGGUGAUAUGCUUGGCCGCCGACUUCUUCUCCCAAGUUCUUACAUACAGGGUUGAAAUUGAAGGCUGCAUACAAAUUCCCAAGGGCACGAAGGUGAUUCUACGCUCAGCAUUUGAAGAUUGCCUAGCAUGGUCAGAUGCCAACACUGCAACAGUCGAAAGCUUCGUCUGCAGCGACGAGAAGUAUUGGAUAAGGCUUGGCGAAGAAUGCCAGCUUCUGGAUGCAAAAGGCUUCACUCAACAACUUCCAGUGCAGUUGGGAGGUUCUCAUGCCUGGGUCGCGGGUAGCUCCAUAGCCGCUGAUGGAGGUCUUGAGUGGCUGUUGCUGGCUCAGCAAGAUGCUGUUGAAGUCAAGCGUUUGGCUCCACACAGGGUGCAACUGCCACUGGGCUCCGUGCUUCGCCUGGGUGGACUGAAGAGCUGUGCCCAGCGCCUCCGCGGUUUAGAAGGUCGCCGGGCGCGCUUGCGACAGGUCCUGCCCGAUGGCCGAUAUGCAGUUACUCAUGAUUUGGAUGACAGGUUGCAGAAGGAGUGUGAGACGGAAAUCACGAUCCUCCAGAUGUUGGACCAUCCGAAUCUGAUCAAAUACCACACCCACUUCACCUUUCACGGUGAUUUGUUCCUUGUGAUGGAGCUAGCUACUGGCGGCACACUGGCCAAUCGAAUUGAACAGGCCAACCAGCAGGAGAAGCUCAUCGAAGAGCACCUGGUUUGGCGAUGGCUGAACGACGUAUCCAGUGCGCUAGCAUAUCUCCACAAGCGACGGGUACUUCACAGGGACGUGAAGCCAUCGCACAUCUUCAUUGGCGAAACUGGCCAGGCGAAGCUGGGGGAUUUUGGUCUCUCAAAGGCCUUCUCUGAUGCGACGACCUGCGCCAUGUCUUGCGUUGGCACACCGCUUUACAUGUCUCCAGAGAUUGUGCGGGGCGAGGGUUAUUCCUUUGGCUCUGACAUAUGGAGCCUUGGUUGCUCGCUUUAUGAAUUGGCAGCGGGGCUGCCACCCUUCUAUCGCACAGAUAUGGAUUUUGUGGCUUUGGGCCAUGCCAUUUGCUCUGCAGAAUAUCCAGAGCUACCUUCAGAUGUGUGGUCGAAGGAAUUCCUGAGUAUUGUGUCCCAGAUCCUGACGGUGGACCCCACACAGCGGCCCUCGGCGCAGAUGAUUUUCGAUUUGGCAGGAUGUAGGCUGCUGCCUCGGAUUCAUGACUUUCAGAUCAUUGGCGCCAUUGGCCGUGGACAGUUUUCGGAAGUGCAUCGAGCGCUUUGGAAGGCUGGGGGCGACCGUGAAGUGGCGCUCAAGCGCAUACAGAUUGACGAGAUGAACGACCAUGCCAGACGCGAGGUCUAUGCUGAAGCCAAGAUAUUGCAAGAACUCUCUCACGCUACUAUCAUCAAGUACUUUGACUCCUUCACAGAAGACAAUGAGAUGGUGAUCAUCCUGGAAUUGGCUGCGCACGGUGAUCUAUCCAGUCUUUUGAGCAAGCAGAAGCACAUGGAUCGACUCUUAGAAGAACACCAGGUGUGGGGGAUCUUUUUUCAGAUCGGUGAGGCGCUGCACCACAUGCACAGGAUCAACCGGGCAGAGUAUCCACCCUUACCAGCCGAAGCAUCUCAACGAGUGGCAAAGCUUUGCUCUGAGAUCCUCCAGGUGGAGCAGGAUGCACUUGGCCUGCAGAAUCGAUAA